CUCUUUGCUGUCUCAUCCAUCCAUGCAAAAGUACAGUUCAGUUCAGCACAGUGAUGCUACAUCGAUCUCAAGCUGAUUAGUGAUCGAUUUCUUGUCUCCUGAUCUGUAGAACACUUUUGUUGUCUUUCUCCUCUAUUUUGUUUGCUGCAUUUUGGCAUCAAAGUGUGGCUAAUUAGCUCUGAUCUGAGCCAUGAAGAAGAUGAGAAAGGUGGCCGAGUUCUUGAGGAAGGCGGUGGGGGCGCUGAGGGGGAAGGCUAGCGUGCUCAGGGCAAGGCUCCUCUUCCUCGCCUCGCUCCGCCGGAGGACGGCGGUGGUCGGCGCGAUCUCGCACCACCUGCGCGGCGCGCUCAUGCCGGGCAGCAACAGCAGGGAGAGCGCCGACGGCCGCGGCGAGGCUCCCCUCACGGCGCCGGCUGGCGACGAGGCCGACGACGACGACGUCGGGCUCUCCGAGCUGGCCAGCUUGUUCGAAGAAGUCGACGACGACGACGCCGACGGCCGCUACCCCGACUGGACGCACUCGCUGUUCGACGACGACGACGACGGCGGCGGCGGCGACGAGGACGUCGACGAGGAGCUGCGCGAGGAGGCGUCGUCGUCGGUGAUGGAGGUGAUCAGGAGGCGGCGCGAGGGGGAGGGGGAGGAGUUCAACAUGGAGGAGGAGAUCGACCACGCCGCCGACAUGUUCAUCCGGCGAGUCCGCAGCCGCAUGGCCGCCAACCGCCGGAGCUUUAAGUUUACCCGUCGGUGAUGGUGGAUUAAUCCAUCAAUUAAUUACCCUGAAGAUAAUUUUUUUUCAUAUCUGAAAUUAAUUUCAGGGUGAUUUUUGUUUUUGCUUCACAUUGGGAAUUUUAAUUUGGCUUGAAGCAAAUUGAUUGUUAUUAGGCUGUAGUACAACUUUUCAAAUCCUCUUUGUUGCAUGUCCUGAAUUGUAACACCGAAUGGAGGUAUAUCAGGAAUUAAAGUUAAUUUAGUUUACUGUGUACAGAAUUAAGUUUUAUAAAUUCAAAGGAAAUU